AUGGAUCCCGACGCCGCGCCCGACUUCCAGGGCAACCAGUUCUCGCCGGGCACCGCGUCCUACCGCCGCGCCAACGACCUGUACGCGAGCUCGACGUACGGCGCCGAGCGCGACCUGAACCCCGGGCGGAUCCUCCAGCCCACCGGCAUCGAGGACAUCCAGAGCGCCGUGCGCCACGCCCGCCGCGCCGGCAGGCCCAUCGCCGUCCGGACCGGCGGCCACCAGUACAGCGGGGCCUCGUCGACCGGCCCCCACGGCAUCCAGCUGGACCUGAAGCCGACGUUUCGCCGCCCCCGGCUGGACCUCCGCCUCCUCCGCGACCCGGGCGGCAGCGGCAAGGUGUACCUCCGGUCGAGCGUCAGCUGGACCCUGGCCGAGGUCUACGACUUCCUCCUCGACAACGGCGUCUUCAUGCCCACGGGCCAGUGCACCACCGUCUGCCUCGGCGGCCACGUCCAGACGGGCGGCCACGGCAUGCUGGCCCGGUCGUUUGGCCUGCUGGGCGACUACGUGCGCGAGCUCGACAUUGUCGACCACGAGGGCCGCGUCGCCACGGUGACGAGGGAGCGCGACCCGGACCUGUUCUUCGGCCUGCUCGGCGGCAGCCCCGGCAGCAUGGGCGUCGUGACGCACCUCACCGUCGAGGUGCAGGACGACCUGAAGCACCAGGGCUCCCGGGGCCUGUGGAUGGCCUUCCGCUACCGGCGGGACACGCUCGAGGCCCUGCUCGACAUCCUGGUCGCCAAGGCCGAGGACCCGGGCUUCCCGCGCAACUACGACCUGACCGUCAACGUCGUCAGCCGCCAGGCCAACCUGCUGGACCUGUUCCCCGGCUCCGAGGACGAGCUCAAGGCCCGGCUGCCCGACAGCAUCCACGACGGCAAGGACAACAUCGCCGACCUGCUCAAGUUCAAGUACGCCCUCGUCGUCGUCUACGCCCAGUACGUCCGGCUCGACGGCGGCGGCGGCGGCGUCCCCUUCUCGCCCGGCGACCUCUUCGACCCCAUCAGGCGGGUCCCGCACGACCUCGCCUUCGGCAAGGAGUCGCCCGACGGCGCGCCCAUGUCCCGCGUCGCCGCCAUGUGGCUGUUCCGCAGCCCCCGCGAGUUCCCCUACCCGUACGUCAAGCGCACCAACACCACGCGCUCGACGGCGCUCUCCCGCGCCGGCUGGGCGUCCUGGUUCGCCGGCCGCGUCGACGAGGUCGUCGCCCGCAGGGGCAACGGGCUCUGGGUCUCGUCCCAGCUGCAGCUGACGGGCGGCGCGGACUCCAUGUUCCGCCGGAACGCGGGCAACGGCACCGCCUACAGCUGGAGAGACUCCACCGUCGCCGGCACCUGGGACGUCUUCUACCGCGCCGACGCCGCCGACGCGGCCAGGGCGUGGCAGGACGAGAACGACAGGGGCGCCCUGGCGCGCUUCAGCAGCCAGGACCGCCGGCUCCUGUGGGGCUCGUACGGCGACUGGGACAUGAGCGCCGUCUGGCCGCGCUACUACGAUGCCGCGACGUACGAGAAGCUGCGCGAGGUCAGGAAGAAGGCCGAUCCCGAGGGCGUCUUUACCGCCAACCCGUUUUGCGUGCCGCCCGCGUAA